UUCGUGCGUGUGUUUCGUUGAUACCUGUAAAAGCCUUCUGGACGUGAGGUUCACAACUGGCGGAGACGCGUCUGCGUUAACAUCUCUGCAGCUCUUGGUCGCAUUUCACGGGAGCAAAGCUUUUUGUUGCUCUAGUUUCGUCUCAUAUCUGGAUCAAUAUGAAGAUUGUGUUGCUUCUUGCUCUUGCUUUACCGAUGGUAGUUGCAACGAGAGGCCCGCUAAAGCCCGGAUGCCCGAACCCGGAUCAAGGUAGGCAGUGCCUGCUCUACCAUGACCAGUGCCAGACGGAUUGGGACUGCGAAAAAGAAGGAAAAGGCGACAUAUGCUGCCUGAUAAAUGGCUGCGGAAAGGAGUGCGUGACACUGAAAAUGAACCCAAGAUGCCCCGACCCUGCAAGUUACGGCUUGAACUGCUUCGCUUACAUUCACCAGUGCAACAUCGACCGUGAGUGUAGGGGCAGACAGAAGUGCUGUCUCGUGGCCGGAUGUGGCAGGAGUUGUCAGGAAGUCUAAGCGCAGAGUUCCUCGCCUGGGCAGUGCAAGAGCGAUGGCUUCAGUUGCAGACACAUGACAUAAAUGUAUCUUUCUUCAGGAUUUAUAUCAGUGGUUUACUUCUUUUGAAUUCCAUAUGGCUUGUAGUUCGUUAAUUUUUUGGGGAAAAAGAAAAUGCUUUGUGUUCUGUUUUUAAUUUUACUAGUGUAUGCUUGAGGUAACUAAAUUCAUGUGUAAAAUCUAAGGAAAUAUGUAAGCAAAUAAACCCUCUACUCACUC